UUAAAUCUCGAGACUCUGCCUUUUAUAAAAAUAACCUGGUGUUUGUUGAUGGUCUAUUGCUCUUCUUAUAAAUAUAAACAGUGAAAAAGAGCAGGUAUCUUCAAUCAAUCUUUGAGUCCACAUCGAGUUAAGGUGCACAGUACUUGAAUCUCAAAAGUUGAAAGAGCAGUUUUGGUGUUCGAUUUAUUGAGCAAUCAAAUUUCUGCGGCCAAAGUGUUCGACGUUAGGUUAACAAGGCUGAAAAAGCAAUGGCGGAGAACCCAGCAAUGAAGAAGGGAACUGUGACGCCAAUAUCAUCCUUGUUCCCAGCAGAGGAAGCCCAUAAAGCAUCUAAGCGCGUGCAGGACACUAUAGCAGAGCACCAAGAGCAACUUGAUCAACUUAAGGGCUUCAUGAAUGAGAACACCAACCUCAUAAACCUUGUACAGAAGCUUCCCGAUGAACUCCACCAUAACAUCAUGGUUCCGUUUGGCAAGGCGGCAUUUUUCCCGGGUCGUUUGAUUCACACCAAUGAGUUUAUGGUCCUUUUAGGAGUAGACCACUACGUUGAAAGAACAUCCAAGCAAACAAUUGAUAUCUUGAAAAGAAGAGGUAAAGGUCUGGAGAACCAACUUGAAUCUCUAAAGGCUGUGAUGCAGGAUUUAAAGGCUGAGGCUUCAUUUUUUGAGGCUACGGCUUCAGACGCAGUGGAUGGUCUUGUAGAGAUAAGGGAAGAUUAUGCUGAGGAAAGUCCUUCAGAAGUGGUGCCUUUGGCAAACAACACAAAAGCUGCAAUUGAAGAUGAUGAAUAUGCACGCAUCUUGUCACGGAUUGCGGAACUUGAACAGGAAGAAGAAGCUGAAAAGGCCAAUGAAUUUAACAGAGACAAUCAGAUAGAAAAUGAUUUGGCUUGCAAUACUAUUCAAAGUUUUACUGACCAGGAAGUCAGAAGUUCAAAGGUUGAGGAUGCAAUCUUGCAAUCACCAUCUAAAGAUGGAUCUUCACAUGGCAAAGGUCCAGCACUCGAUGACUACAGUAUGAAAAAAAAGGUUUUGGAGCUUCCCGAGGUAAAGGAGAAAGUUCAGGCUCCAGUUACGGCUGAUAAUAAAGUUUCUCAUCCCUCGUCCAUACCAGGCAGCGAUAGUAGCAAUGCUUUUACGGGUUCUAUUGUAGAACAUGCUCCUGACAUUGGGAAAAACUCAAGGGAACAGCAGACUGGUGCUCGUAGCUCGAAACCUGUUUCGAGGUUUAAGAUGCAGAGAAAGUAGGUAUAUGGUUUGCUUAUCUAACUAUGUAAAACUUUGGCACUGAAUAAACUUGUUGAUACCCAACUUAAACCCCAAUUAUCUCUCUCACCCUCUCUUUGUCCUCUUGCCGACGAGUGCAAGCUUUGCAAGCAAGCGCGACAACUGGUUGCUUUGUGACGACACUUGGUUGUUGUGAAAUCGCAAUAACCAGUUUUCUAGUUUUUGAUUUGAUUCCUUAGAUCUGCUUCGGUGUAUUGGAUUUGAUAUGAUCCUGACCGUACACAACCAAUGGCUUUCUGGUGUGAUGAUGGCAUUUGUAGA